CAUCCAUCAUCAAUUCCAUCAAAAUGUCGCUCCGUGCUCCCCUCCGCCGAGGAUUGCAAUUCUCCCGUGCCCUUGCUUCACGGCCAUCUCCCACUCUCAUCCCAAUCCGCUCUUUAGCCCACAUCCGACCCAGACUCUCCGCCUCCGCCUCCAUCCUCCGAACAACACUCCCCUCCUCCCCCCAAACUACCAUCUCAACCCACAGACCCUACAGUACCGGUGCCAGCACCGGGAAAUCCCCCGGCGACCUUAUCGUCGAAGAACUCCAGGAAAGCUACGAAAUCGCAAAGGACGAAUUCGAAAUCGCGACCGAAAGCACCGACUCAUCAACCAUCUACGCGGCCUCAGACCGUGAAUCGGCGCGCGACGCCCUCGAUGAGCUGGUCGCCGCGUACACGGUGUACACACGCGAUGGGACGUUCCUGGCGCAGAUGCAACAGGCCCAGGGAAAGACGCAGGCCGAUGUGAGUGUUGAUACGGGGAUGAAUCCGGCGGAGGUGGAGGAGGCGGUGCGCGAGGAGGUGCGGAAGAGGGUCGGUAGACGGGUGAGGGAGUUGGUGGCCGCCGUGGAGGGGUUGGAGGAGAGGGCGAAGGAGAGUGAUUGAUUGAUUUUAUUUGAUGGAGUAAAAAGAGGGGAAAUGUGGGGGGGGUGUAUAUUAGAUGGUAUCUACUAGGGAUAUAGGUAGGUGGUGGCUGGGUAGGAGGAUGUGCAGGUUGGUUUGGUAGGUAGGUAAUGAGAG